AUGCACGCCGCAAUGGAUGCUCCUACUGAAAUACUCCAAAUUAUAUUUGAAGAGGCUUGUCAUGCUCCAGGGGCACACGCCUCAGAAGACGUGCCUCUGCAAGUGGCUAUAUCUCAAGUCUGUCGGUCCUGGCGUGCAGUGGCUAUUGGAAGUCCAAAGCUUUGGUCACAGUACACGUAUUGGAACGGGAAGAAUUUCAUCAAGGAGCUUGACCGGCUUGCUCACUACCUAGAAAGAUCCCACAACCAACUCUUGGACCUAUCAUUCAGGCUGGAACCGUAUGAUCUGAUUAAGAAACCCGUCUUACGUCCAACCAGUAGCCUUUCUGUCGAAUCUAGGGCACUUUCUUUGGUUCAGAAAGCUACAGAGCAUGCAGGUCGAUGGCGCCGAAUUUUAGUGCACAUCGAUGGAGAAACAGAGGAGACAUAUCCAGAUCCUCCCCAAAGCCCCUUGGUUUUCUUGCAGCAAAUCUCCCUGCCGAAUUUGGAGACCUUUGAGUUGAUUACCUCCGAGAGGUUUGCUUCUCCAGAAUACGUUAGCGCUUUGGCUGGAAUGGCCCCCAAAUUGAACUUUAUCCGGAUUGACGCUAUUACGCUGUUGUCGUUCACACUGUCGCAGAACAUUACGACGUUGGAAAUAGAAUGGACAUCCAGCAGCAUACAUAGAAGCCCAAUUUUACUAGCGUUGAGGGAAGUCAUUGCGUCUCCAACUCUGAUCUCCUUUUCUAUCCGUGGAGUGCCUUCAAGAAUGUCGCCACCUGCAGAAUAUUAUGAAAAUGUCCAGGCAAAAGUUAGCAACUUGAAGCAUCUGCGCUGUAGCAACACCAUCGCUGCACCUACCUUAUUCUUCCGCAUUCGCUAUCCUCAGCUAGAGUCGUUGACCCUCAAGGACCUCACCAUCGCCCACAUCGCAUGGAAAUUUCCCCCCAGUAUCCUAGGCGGCAUCUUCCCCGCAUUGCGCACUCUGGCAUUUAUUGAUUGUGGAUUAAACGAGUCUGAACAUUUCGUCUAUUCCAUCGCCAAACACGCCAACAACAUUUCCCAUUUGUAUGUUCUAAAAGGGGCUUUUCGGAUGAACUACAAAUGUAGUUUUUACAACCUUAUGCUGCACAUACUUGAAGGGUUUCUGCAUAGUCGCGACAACUACUGCAAAAACCUUACCUUCUUCGUCAAUCAAGCUUACGACAGUUGGCAGGAUGAAGAUGAUAUCCGAAUCUAUCGCCGGUAUGCUUUGGAAGGACGGGAAAGGGGCACGGUUCGCCUUCCUUCGUUUAUUGUGGAUCGCUACAAAGUUUUGGAUGAUGGAUUGUGGCGGGAGCUCGAAGACUCGGGUGUGCUUGAGGUUAUCGCCGGUCAAAAUUUGCAGAUGUUUUUGCCACCGUGGCCUGCACGAAGUGGUGUUGGGGAAUCUGAAGGCUUGGGACAUGGGACUAGAGAUCCUUUCUAUGCUGCCUCAACCGGUGGCAUCUUCAAAAGUUAG